AUGGAUUAUUUUAAAUAUUCACAAAACAUACGAGAAUCGGUUUACUAUGAUAAUAAGUUUACAUCACUUGACAAUUCAACGUUGGAAAUAUUACAUCAACAAACAAAAAAAACAUAUUGUAUUUGUGGUGGACCGUAUGAUCCGAAAAUUUUUAUGAUACAAUGUGAUCGAUGUGAUAAUUGGUUUCAUGGAGAUUGUGUGGGUAUAAAAGAGUAUCGAGCAUUGGAUAUUGACAAAUAUCAUUGUCCUAGGUGUCAAGAAUCAUACGGCCCUUCCAUUGAUAAACCAAUUGCAAAUUCCCAUAGGCAUGAUGUAUGGGAUGUGAAUGCAUCGGGCAAAGCAGUGCAAACUGGUUCGGAAGUGUUCGUGGAAGAAUUAUGCAAAAGACAUUUUGCAUCACCUGCAGAAAUCGUUACACAUAUGCAGGGUAGCCAACUAACGGAAGAGUUAUUAAAAGCAAACGGCUUUGAUUAUCCAAUUAUUGUGGAUAAACCGGAUGAGUUGUACAUGAAAAUGCCACCGGAUCAAUUAGAUAUUGCAACAGUUGUUGCUUAUAUCGGUGAUCGAGAAGUUGACAUUAUCGACGUGAAUCGACAAACUGAUUUUCGUAUGCAUAUUUCAGAUUUAGUGCAAUAUUAUAAGAGUAAAGUUCGCAAACGAGUUUAUAACUGUAUUAGUUUGGAAUUCUCGGAUACACCGUUAUCAGAAUUUGUUGAAGCACCCCAAAUUGUUCGUGAUUUGGAUUGGGUAAAUGUUUGCUGGCCAGAUGAUCCAAAUGAUGAUGCAUUUAGUAAAAGACCUAGAGUACAAAAAUAUUGUUUAAUCGGAGCACGAAAUUCGUUUACUGAUUUUCAUAUUGAUUUUGGUGGCACAAGUGUAUGGUAUCAUGUGUUACGGGGUGAAAAAAUAUUUUAUUUAAUUCGACCAACGCCGGCUAACUUAACGCUAUAUCAUCGAUGGAUAACGUCAACAACUCAAAGUGAAACAUUUUUUGGUGAUCAAGUGGAUAAGUGUUACAAAUGUACUGUAUCAAAAGGACAAACAAUGUUUAUUCCUACUGGAUGGAUUCAUGCUGUUUUCACGCCCGUCGAUUCAUUAGUAUUCGGUGGAAAUUUCUUACAUAGCUUGAAUAUACGUAUGCAACUACAAAUUUAUGAUAUUGAGAAGAAAAUAAAAACACCGCCAAAAUUUUUGUUUCCAUUAUUCGAAACAAUUAAUUGGUAUGCAGCUAAAACAUUAAUGUUGGAAUUACGGCAAUUAAAUUUACAAGAAAAAAAAUGUCCAAAUUAUCUUUUAUCUGGUUUAAAAGCUCUACUUUCAUAUUUAAAAACAUGGAAUGUGGAUAAAGAUAUCAGUUCAAAUAAUCGAGAAAUGAUUCCGGAUACAAUAAACAGCCAUAAAUUACUUAAAGAUCUUAAUAAAGAAAUUCGUCACGCAGAAAGAUUUAUAAUGACAUUAAAUCCUCCAAAACCUGAAAGAGAAUCGAAAAGGAAAAAACGGAAACCUGUUAAUAAAGAUUUUGUCGAUUAUUCGCAGCCUCAAAAAUUACAGUAUUUUGCAACUACGAAUUACACACCACCUACGGAACAGGCCACCGCGUCCCAUCAAGGAGGUACUGUUAUGCGUUUUUCAUUAGGACCUCAAAAUAUGGCUUCUGUUGGUCCUCUAGUUCAAGAACAGGUACAAGUACCUCAACCAUUUAAUACCAAAAGAUCAGUGUAUGAUUUUGAGGAUGGGAGUACGCAUUCAAGUGAUGAAUUUAAUAUGGUAAUUGCUGAAAAUUAUAAUUCAAAGAAACGUUCUAAAACAGCACAUAUUCAAGCAGAAUUUAAUUUAGUUUCAAUUGUAAAUAAUCCCAACGUCACAAAUAAUUUUGAUAGCACUUUCGCAAAUACCGGAAUCGAAUCGUUAUUAAAAGCGUCAGCGUUUACCAAUAAUAUGGAAACGCAAGAAGCAAUAGCUGGAAUGCUAUCAAUCGGACAAACUACUAGCAGCGGUGAUGCUAGUAUUUCAACAUUUAAGCCAGGCACAAGUACGGCAAAAACAAAAAGACGUCGAGCUGAACCAAUGCCUGCAGAUGAAAUUGCAGAGAAUAUUAGUAAUGUUCAUCAAGAUGACGAAUAUAUUUAUCCGGCAUUGGAUGUAUCUGAUGAUGAAGAUAGUCAUAUUUUUAAACCACGAGGUCGAACAAAAGUUGAUGAAGCUUGGAAUCCAAAGGCUCGAGUUGGUCCACUAUUACCUAAAAUGAAUCGUCCUGCAAGAGAAGGGACUAAAAAACAAGCCGUAGAAAAAGUUUUAGAAGCCGCUGCUGCAAGAAACACAACUACAAAUCCAGUACCUGAAUUAAAUGAAACACCAAAAAGAACUUACAAGAAGAAAUCCAGAGCAAAUUCAUCCCAAAAAUCAAAAACAUUAAAUGCAUCAUCAUCAUAUAAUUUAUCAGCGAAAGUUCAGAAAUCACCUAUUACUCCUAAAAUUGAUAAGAAUCCGAAAGGCCGUAAAGGAUUUAAAACGGUUAAACAACGGCUCGGUAAGAUACUGAAAAUACAUAAAAUGAUACGUUAAAGUAUUCAUACAAAUUCUACAAUGAAUAAUAUAAUUUUUGAGCUUCGUUUCGAAAUCAUGGCAAAAUAAAAUCUCUCUAAAACAAAAUUUUCUGUGAUAACAUGAUGAAUUGUUAUUUAAAAAAAGACGAAAUUCCAGUAUAUUUUUCAAUCUGUUAAAGUAAUUGAUAUUAAAAUAUCUUCAAAUCUCAAGUAAAGUCCAGCCCAGUCCGUUGCAGAAAUCAAAUUCAAUUAUUGAAGAAUAUUCAUUUAUUUUGCAUUCGAGAAAAUUUGUUAUUUGUGGAAAUGAUUCAAUAAUAUUAAUAAUUAACAUCACGCAAAUACCUACCAGGACGUUUUGUGUACUCCGUUUUUAAGAAAAAACAGGUAUUAGGAAAAUAAAUGGUUCAGAAGAAUAAAAAAAAACUAUUCAGCAGUAAAAUGCGUGUUGUAAAAGAGCUGAUUAUAAUAUAAUCUUUGCACCGGCAUUUAAACGUUAGUAGACAUAAUUUGAUUUCAUUCAAUAACUAUUUAUUAUUUAUUGCUAUUUGAAUACCCUCAUUUGGUGAUUUAUAAAAUAAGUUCUUAUAAUUUUGCGAAAAAGAAGAUACUUAAAUCAUUCUCUCAUUAUCCCUCCCGUAUAUGACUAAAACAAAAUAGGUUGAACUUCGGCACCUUUCUAACAGACAAUGCUGUUUUUUUUUUCAUAACGCAAGACUCUUUGUUAGACAAACCUUUAACCACCAUAUCACAAGAAUGUCCUCAGAUACAUGUUGAUAAACAUCUGAACCGUUUUUAUUAACAAAUUAAAAAUUUUGAAUGAGCAAUUUUCCCCAAAUUUUGUGCUGAAUGGGUUUCGUGUGUUUUUUUCCACUGAACAGGCCCCGCUGAACAAGAAGUGUUUUUCGACGUAUUUUGACUCACUAAAUCCGAACUUUUAACUUGUAAAUCGCUAAAAGUGAAAAGAGAUUUUGGUUUAUAAACAAAUUAAUUGUUUAUACGGCCAUAGGUCUUAAACUAUUGAAAAUUUAUCAAAACAAUUUGGUAAGAUUUUAUUCUAUAUGAAAAGAUGAAAUUUCUUUUUUUUAUUCGUCUUGAUUCGACCAAUAGAACCGGAGAUAUGGUUAAAAUAGUAAAGAAAAACGAUUCAUUGCACAAGGUCGGCGCGCAGUGCUCGGACUGUAACGUCCGUAGAUUGGCCAAUAAUUAAUAUUUUUGAAUUUGUAAGGAAUCAUUUUUCCGGCCCGCUAUUAGUUUAUAAGUCGAAAGCGAGCCCUUAGCGAAAGACAACCCCACACAAUUAUUUAUGAGAAAAUUGCAAAUAUGUUUUAGUUUAAGAAUCCGUUUUACUUUUUAAAAUAUCUGUAUUAAAUCUUGAGUUAUUGCAACCGAACGCGAAUGUAUAAAUCAAUAGGGUAUUCCACUAUUUUUGAAAAAG